AUGUUUGAAGUGUAUGAUAACAAAUUUAGAUAUGGUUGUGCUUACUGUUGUGUUCUUGUGGGGCUUAAUGCAACCAAUGAAUCUACAUCACAGAGAUUUUUAACACUGGAAGAAAUAGGAAUCGAUAAAGUGUUCGUUAUCAACCUUGAUAUUAGAAAAGACAGGCUUGCUCAUGUAUCGAAAUUGCUUGAUUAUCUCCAAAUUCCAUUUACAAGAUUUCCGGCUAUUGAUGGCAAAAAAUUUCUUCAACAGCUGAAUAGAUUCGAUCCAAGAACCAAAUAUAUUCAGAAUAUAUCCAAUAUAUCAAGCAUCAGUGGCCAGAUAGCCGCCUGGCAGAGUCAUUUACAAGUUUAUUUUAAAAUAAUCAGUGAAGUCUCACCAAAUGAUAGACCUGUUCUUAUAUUCGAAGAUGAUAUUGAUCUGGAAGCUGAUGCACCGUUUCUCCUUAAAGAAGCUCUGCAUUCACUUCCAAAUGACUGGGAAAUAUUUCUUUUGGGCCACAGUGAGAUGUGGUGCAAACAUGUUUAUUCAAACAAUAUUUGCAGAGCAGAUACAUUUUUCUGCGCGUUUGCCUAUGUUGUUCGUAAUUCAACGGUAGUUGAAAAACUAAUUAAUUGGUCUAACACAAAAAAUUCGCAAGUGGCUGAUGUGUUUUGGCGUGGACAUAUAAGCGGUGGUUCACUUAUAGCAUAUGCUGCACAUCCACAACAUAUUGUCAUACAAGAUAGGGCUAAAUUCGGUACUAACAUUCCAGAAUCAGGGCCUAUUAAUCCUGAAAGACUUCGAAACCCAUUAUCGAAGUUAUUACGAGCGUAA